CUUCACCUGCGGCAGGCACCCGACCAGGCGAGAGGGCACGGAGGAGAAAAAGCGCGAGACACGAGUACCCGGGAGACCCGGUCGCCUCGUCGCCUCUAGGCGCGGAGAAGCGAGCGACGCCCGCCAGCACCGGGUUCCCAAGUUCAGGGGUGUCACUCGCAAAAGGAACGCUAUACCACUAGGUGAGCAUUCCGGUCCUGUAGAACCCGACUGACCCACGAGGACUCCAGGUGCCUGUAGUGCCUUGCGCCCCAGCACCCACCCGGGUCCCCGGAGACCGCCCGCUCGCCUCCGGCGCCGACCUCGGCCCGCGCGCCUGGCUGCCCCGUGCCCGCCCGGGCUGGGCCAUGCCGGGGCUGCGCCGGGACCGCCUGCUGACUCUGCUGCUGCUGGGCGCACUGCUCUCGGCCGACCUCUACUUCCACCUCUGGCCCCAAGUGCAGCGCCAGCUGCGAUCUCGAGAACGCCCGCCCGGCUGCCCGUGCGCCGCCGGCCGCGCCUCCUUCCCGCCGGGGGAUUCGGCCGCAGCCUCCUCGGACCCUGGCAAGGGCGCGCACAACUUUUCCCAAGCUGGGCUCAAGGCUGAGCCCGAGGGCGGCGGCCGCGGCUUCUCGGAUUCCAAACUGCAGGCCCUUUUCGCCCACCCUCUGUACAACGUCCCGGAGGAGCCGCCUCUCCUGGGGCCCGAAGACUUGCUGGUGGCCAGCCAGGAGGCGCUGCGGUAUUACCGGAGGAAGGUGGCCCGCUGGAACAGACGACACAAGAUCUACAGAGAGCAGAUGAACCUCACCUCGUCCGAGCCCCCGCUGCAGCUGCGACUCGAGGCCAGCUGGGUCCAAUUCCACCUGGGCAUCAACAGCCGCGGGCUGUACUCGCCAUCCAGUCGUGUGGUCAGCGACCUCCUACACGACAUGAGGCACUUCCCUACCAUCAGCGCCGAUUACAGUCAGGAUGAGAAAGCCUUGCUGGGGGCCUGUGACUGCACCCAGAUUGUGAAGCCCAGUGGGGUCCACCUCAAGCUGGUGCUGCGGUUCUCGGACUUUGGGAAGGCCAUGUUCAAACCCAUGAGACAGCAACGAGACGAAGAGACGCCUGCAGACUUCUUCUAUUUCAUUGACUUUCAGAGACACAAUGCCGAGAUCGCAGCGUUCCACCUAGACAGGAUCCUGGACUUCCGGCGAGUGCCACCAACUGUGGGGAGGCUGGUCAAUGUCACCAAGGAAAUACUAGAGGUGACCAAGAAUGAAAUUCUGCAGAGUGUUUUCUUCGUCUCUCCAGCCAGCAACGUGUGCUUCUUCGCCAAGUGUCCGUACAUGUGCAAGACCGAGUACGCUGUCUGUGGCAACCCGCACCUGCUGGAGGGCUCCCUCUCUGCCUUCCUGCCGUCCCUCAACCUGGCCCCCAGGCUGUCUGUGCCCAACCCCUGGAUCCGCUCCUACACGCUGGCAGGAAAAGAGGAGUGGGAGCUCAACCCCCGCUACUGUGACACAGUGAAGCAGAUCUACCCCUACAAUAGCAGCAGCCGGCUGCUCAACAUCAUCGACAUGGCCAUCUUCGACUUCCUGAUAGGCAAUAUGGAUCGCCACCAUUAUGAGAUGUUCACCAAAUUCGGGGACGAUGGCUUCCUUAUUCACCUUGACAAUGCCAGAGGGUUUGGCCGACACUCCCACGACGAGCUGUCCAUCCUUGCGCCUCUCUCCCAGUGCUGCAUGAUAAAGAGGAAAACACUUGUGCACCUGCAGCUGCUUGCCCAGGCCGACUACAGACUCAGUGACGUCAUGCGAGAGUCGCUGCUAGAAGACCAGCUUGCCCCCAUCCUCACAGAACCCCACCUGCUUGCCCUGGACCGCAGACUGCAAACCAUACUAAAGACAGUGGAGCAGUGCGUCGAGGCCCAUGGAGAGCAGAAUGUCAUAGCCGACAGCCCAGCCGAACAAUCAGCCCGAGACUCUGGCCAGGCGAAUUGGACAAGCUAAGGGCUG